CGAGGGCGUUUUCUCCUGAGGCGGCUGUGAUUGCUCCACGAAUCUCCUCUGAGGAAGAAGUCCAGGGAAUGAGGUGAAAGGAGAAGAAAUGGCCAGUUCCCAGGGACUGCUGACAUUCAGGGAUGUGACCAUAGAAUUCUCUCAGGAGGAGUGGGGAUGCCUGAACCACACUCAGCGGGAAUUGUACAGGGAUGUGAUGUUAGAGAACUAUGGAAACCUUCUCUUCUUGGGUCUUGUUGUGUCAAAGCCAGACCUGAUCAUCUUUUUGGAGCAAAAGAGGGAGCUCUGGGAUGUGAAGGGAAAGGAGACAGUAGCCUUCCAUCCAGGUAGGUGGGAAUGA